CAUGUCUCACCCUAUCCCCUGCACCGUGAAGCUGAGUUUUACCCAAGAACAACUACGCGCGAUACAAGAUCCAACAAACGGUGUGAGACAGUUCAGCGAGUCGUACCCGGCCCUCAAUGACCGACGUCAACAGCUGCCGGCUUGGCAGGGGGUGUCUCGGUUUUUUGAAGCUUUCGAAAAAUCCCAAGUGGUCAUUGUGUCCGCGGAGACCGGAAGCGGCAAGUCCACCCAACUCCCCCAAGCAUGCGCCCACCUUUUAGAGGGCUCGGGAUGUGCUGGGAAGGUGUUUAUCACCCAACCACGUCGCCUGGCUGCUAGGAGCGUUGCGGAGAGGUUGGCUGAGGAGAUGGACGAUCGGCUCGGAGGGAUGGUCGGGCUGCAAAUGAAGGGUCUAUCCGUCAUGCCCAAAGACUCGACCAAGGCCAGAAUCCAGGUGUUCACGGACGGAUUCCUCAUCGCCAAGCUAUCACGGGACCCGCUGUUGAGUGACUGUGGGGUAGUCAUCGUGGAUGAAGUUCACGAGAGAGGCGUAAAUAUCGACAUCCUCCUCGGUUUCCUGCGCCUUCUCAUCCCUACUCGUCCAGACCUUCGCGUUAUCUGUAUGUCCGCCACGGGCGAUAACGCAACCCUCCUCGAACACUUUGCCCCUUUCCGUCCCGAGCUGGUGGUGAUACCCGGUGUUGCUAAAACUAUCCAUCAUCACUUUCUGCUAUCAACCCCUCGCAGUUGGAUGGAGUCCGCUUUCCAAACCGUUCGACAGAUCGUCACCAAUAUCAAUAAGACGUACCCUCCCGGAGACAUGCUGAUCUUCUGCCCUGGGGAAGGGGAAAUACACCAACUAUGUGACGAUCUUGAAUUCCUGUAUGACGCUGUUCCCGAGAUGGCAAAAUUCAAGGUGCUAAAGUUAUACCGAACCUUACCGAAAAUCGAACAAGACAAAGUCAUGGCCGAUUCAAUGAUAUGCAGUAAUGUCGAAGAACACAUCUGCAACGCCGCCAGCGGAUGUCAACGAUAUCGAAAGAUCAUCGUCUCAACCAACAUCGCUGAAACCUCAUUAACCUUCCCCCACCUUGUGUACCUGCUUGACUGUGGCUUCAACAGGAUGCCAGUGUAUUCCGCCGUCAUCGACGCUCAAGAGCUCCUCGAAGUCCCCAACUCUCGUGCGCAGACACAUCAGCGCUGCGGUCGAGUAGGCCGCACCCAAGACGGCUAUGCAUAUCACCUGUAUGAGAAGAGCGAGCUGAACAAGAUGAUGGAUCAUCAAAGAUGUCCACUCAGACGAACCGAUCUCUCCCAAACCCUGCUGAAACUUCUUGCGCUCAAUCUUCCUACAGGCUCGGCAUGGUCUUUUCCUUGGCCAACACGUCCUCAUCCUGCUCAGAUUUUGCGCGCUGCAGAUCAGCUAACAACCACUGGGUUCAUGGAGAAGGGAGAAAUGAAGCUGAACAAGAAAGGUCAACUUGCCUCCAAUCUUGACUUGUCUCUACCUCUUGCUCGCCUAUUCCUCCAAGCGCAAGGCUCCCCGGUAGGACGAGAUCUUCUUACUCUGAUCGCGGUUCUGGAACAAUUCGAUCUUCUGCACAGCCCUGCAGAAGAGCAGGUCUCAGCUAGUGGUCGGUGGAAAGACUUUAUCGAUCCAAGAGGUGACCCCCUAUCCCGUCUCAACAUCUUCAACGCCUGGCUAGCUCAUCAGCGUACCGACGAAAGUGUCAGAUUUGCCAGGUCCGCUUAUGUCAGUUGGGAAGCUUGUGUGUCUAUCGAGGAGAGAAUUGAAGAAUUGGUUUCGAUGUGGGAAGAUAGAAAAUUCCCAACUUUACCUCCCUCGCCCCCUCAUGAUGCACACUGGCACAGCCAGAUGGGCCUUCACCUGUGUCACGCUUAUAUGACAAACCUGAGCAAAAGAUACACCCCUCCUGCAAAGCCUAAACAAAAAAGCGUGACGGUCUAUAAGAAGUUAAAGGAGCGAGGAGAACAGGCACAUCAACGUCUAUCGGAGGACAUGCACCUCUAUCAUGGCCGCCUGAUGAGUUCCGAUGCCCCACCUUUCCUGGUCUACACCUCGGUGAGAAAUUCCCUUCAGAUUAUCAUUGUUGUCAACUGA